GGCCGCUGCGUCUGAGCGGGCGGCUAGGGGGGCGUGCGCGAUCCACGGCCGCCCGGACGCCGAGCCCCGCAGCCGCCGACCUGGAGCCACCCCGGGCCGCAGCGCCUACGCAGAGCCGGCCGGUCGCCAUGGGCGCGGGCGAGCGCGCGGCGGGCGGGGGAGGCACGCAGGACCCCGGCGCGGGCUGCGGGGCGCGGGCGCUGGGCGCGCUGUGCCUGCUGCUGUCGGUGGGCUCUGCGACCGCCUGUCUCCUGCUGGGCGCCCAAGCGGCCGCCUUGCAUGGCCGAGUGGCGGCGCUGGAGCAGGAGCGCGAACUGUUGCGGCGUGCGGGGCCGUCCGGAGCCCUGGCGGCCUGGGCCGAAACGCACCUGGAGCGCCUGCUACGGGAGAAGUUGGAUGGAGUCGCCAAGCUCAGGACAGUUCGAGAAGCCCCCUCUGAGUGCAUCUGUCCCCCUGGUCCCCCUGGACGGCGUGGCAAGCCGGGACGAAGAGGCGACCCAGGCCCUCCGGGGCAAUCAGGACGAGAUGGCUACCCGGGACCUCUAGGUCUGGACGGCAAGCCAGGACUUCCAGGCCCCAAAGGGGAAAAGGGUGCACCAGGAGACUUUGGCCCACGGGGAGCCCAAGGGCAAGAUGGAGCUGCAGGACCACCUGGGCCUCCUGGGCCACCUGGGGCCCGGGGCCCUCCUGGUGACACUGGGAAAGAUGGUCCCCGAGGAGCUCAAGGCCCAGAGGGUCCCAGAGGAGAGUCUGGACAAGAUGGCGAAAUGGGCCCCAUGGGACCUCCAGGACCCAAGGGAGAACCUGGCACUCCUGGAAAGAAGGGGGAUGAUGGGAUACCCAGCCAGCCAGGACUCCCUGGACCCCCAGGGCCCAAGGGUGAGCCAGGAGAUGUGGGGCCCCAAGGAGAGACUGGAGUAGACGGUGCCCCUGGACUGAAGGGGGAGCCCGGUCACCCAGGCACGGAUGGAGCCAUAGGGCCCCGGGGUCCCCCAGGCCUCAAGGGAGAACAAGGUGACACGGUGGUAAUCGACUAUGAUGGCAGGAUCUUAGAUGCCCUGAAGGGUCCUCCCGGACCACAGGGAGCUCCUGGGCCACCAGGGAUCCCUGGAGCCAAGGGUGAACUUGGAUUGCCUGGUGCUCCAGGAAUUGAUGGAGAGAAGGGUCCCAAAGGACCAAAAGGAGACCCAGGAGAGCCUGGACCAGCUGGGCCCAAAGGGGAAACAGGAGAGAUGGGCCUGUCAGGUCUUCCGGGUGCCGAUGGUCCCAAGGGAGAAAAGGGAGAGUCAGCAUCUGACCAUCUACAGGAGAGCCUGGCCCAGAUCAUAGUGGAGCCAGGGCCCCCCGGUCCUCCUGGGCCCCCCGGCCCCAUGGGCCUUCAGGGGAUCCAGGGUCCCAAGGGCCUGGAUGGAGCCAAGGGAGAAAAGGGUGCAUCGGGUGAGAGAGGCCCUCACGGUCUGCCUGGACCAGUUGGCCCACCAGGCCUUAUUGGGUUGCCCGGAACCAAAGGAGAGAAGGGCCGACCCGGAGAGCCAGGACUCGACGGUUUCCCUGGACCCAGGGGAGAGAAAGGCGACCGAAGUGAACGAGGAGAGAAGGGGGAGCGAGGAGUUCCUGGUCGGAAAGGAGUGAAAGGCCAGAAGGGAGAGCCAGGCCCACCAGGCCUUGACCAGCCAUGCCCUGUGGGCCCCGACGGGUUGCCUGUGCCUGGUUGCUGGCAUAAGUGAUCCUCGGGCAUAGCCCCCAACCUGUACAGAUCCGUUUGGAUGUUUUUAACUCGUGUAAAAACAAAACAGUAAUAUAUUGAACUUCUUUAUGGGAUGCGCCAACUGUGUGGCCUUGUAAGAUUUGCAAGUGUGCCAACCAGCCCCUGGACCAUCUGCACAGGAAGCCGGCAGGAACGCAGACAGGCUGGCUGCUCUGGGGAAACUUGUGUUCGAAGGCCCCCGGCAGGGCCUGGCUUUCCCAGGGAGAGGACGAGGGUGAAAACGCCUGGCUCAGGUGAGGAUGGACAGACUCCAGGUCGGGCUUACAAUCACCUGAUUAGCAGAGACUUACAACAACUGUCCUCUGAAACCCCACUGCCCCAACUUCUCACUGUCCAACGACACCCCCUUGGACACCUGCUGUACCCUCUUGCUUCUGGACUGUGCCACAGGCAGCUGCACUGGGACCCUAGGUUUAACAGGGCAGGCGAAGAUUCCUAGAGUCCAGCACUUGGGGAGAAGGCAAUGGAAGAACCCAAGAGGGCCUUGCUCCACCCAGUUCAGUAGGCUUCCUGACACAGGAGCUUGUACCCUCUUCAGACCUUGGGAAAUGGCAAGACUCUGUGGAUACCUCACUGGCAGGCAGCCCAGUGAACCCUGACUGUAGGGUGAAGAGGCCAUACCCACUAGUUGGUACUUCCUGUCUCCUCACCCAGAGCAGGAACAGGAAGUGGCUUUGUCAGCCCAAGGAGACAGGCCUCCUGUUCAGAACUUGUAUCUCACUGGCCCCAAGUCUCUGACCUAGACCUCUGGUUAGCCUGACAGAAACAGGCCCCCUAGUAAAUGACCCUGAAGGCUGGUCCCCCGGCAAGCCUGAGCAAAGCACCUGUGACUGAAACCCCUGCCCUCUCUGGAGAGGCUUGAACACCUAUAACGAAGUUUCCUAGCUCCUGCUCCAUCACGGCCUCACAUCCCUCUGCAUAUAAAGGCACCAUGAGCAAUAAACCACAAAUGUGCGUCCAGUA